GUGCACAAAAUACGUGUAAUUUAAAAAACAGAAAUGGAUUUAUUUAGAUUCAACUGGAAAAUCAUCGGUUUAUUAUUAGGUGUGGUAUCGAUAGUGGCAAGUAUCACAUUUUCAUUGAUAUUGUUGUUUGGUGUUUAUUAUCAUUUGGUAACUAUCAUCUUGGGUGCAUUUGGAGUAAAUUUGGCUUGCAGUAUCAUAUGGGUACGCGCAAUUUUACAACAAAAGCCAAGUGCUUUGUUAAUCUCUCUUAACUGGUGGAUCUUGCUCUCGUUUUGUCUACUAUUGACUCUAAUGUUUUUAAACAAUAAAUUCAACGAUUCAACUAUAUUUUUUAUAACGAUAUUUUUGAUUGGAUUUAAUUUUGCUGCUGUGAUGAGCUAUAUUUCGAUGAAAGAAGCAAUCGGUGAUACAUUGGAAUAACUAAGAAGGAAGGUAUCCGAUACAUAGCUGAAAAAUGAUCAAUGCAAAGCAUUUUAAACACAUACAAUUAAGCAAUGGCACAUGAAACCGAUAAAAACCGAGAUCCUCCUUUGGAAAUUAUCCUCCCCCUGGAUCGCCAACGUCAGAAGCUAUGCUUAACAAAAUUAUUUCUUUAACGCGAACAAAUCGAUAUCUUUCUAAUUCAAUAAUAAUCGACGAUUUAAUAUAAACUAGUUUAAUAUAAAUAUUAAUCACAAUUUAUAAACCAAAAUAAAAUCAAAUC